AUGGACCGCCCUGGAAGCCCCAGGGUGCGCCAGCUGGGCUCAAGCACAACGUACCUCCAUUCCAGCUCUCCAGUUUUAUCACCGCGGAAGGCCAGCUUAUCCUUGGGACGCGUUGGCGCUCCGGAAAGGACUGAUGUGCCACCAAGACCCAGUUUAGUUCAAGAACACCUAGAACGCUUCAAGGCUUCGCUGCAAGAUCCAGACUUUCCAGCUGGACAUAACGCAAGGAAAAAGGUUACCAAGGCGUAUCCCUCCAGCUCGGUCGACAUUGAGCCCCAGCUACGUGCCAUGGGCGCUAUCAGUCAGGAGCGCAAGGCGGUGGACAACAGCUCCCCCUUAGGGCCCCGACAGUAUUGGGAGAAUGCUCGGCCCGCACCGGGGGGUCCUCCGCCGGUAUCCGGGGAGUAUUUGGCGAAACUGGAUUGCGGCUUCAACGGACACCGCGGCGGCGGUACCGCUGCCAGGAUCGCCCUAUUGUCACAGCUGGGCCCCAACGGUGGCGCUCACGACGCACGCAGCUGGGGCCGUCGUGUGCCGCCCACUAGUGUGCUAUGGGCGGACAUUGCGGAGCUGCGCGGGGCACGGCGAUUGCGGCAGUACAUUGCGGAGCGCAAACGGGAGGGCGAGUCGCCGCUGGAACUGCUCACUGAUAUUGCUGACGGCUGGGAGGAACUUCGCCACCGGCAACGCCAACGUCAGCGUAGGUCGCAGCAGAUGUCGGAGGCAUCGCCGCAGCUGCUGCCAGCUGGCGGCAACGUCGUCACCGCCGCCGCCGCUGAGUUGGGUAGUACGGGCAGCGUCGAGUGUCAGCAGCAGAAGACGCAGUCAUCGCCGCAUCCUGUGGUCUACGUGGCGGAGUCGGACUGGCCCACGGCCGCGGCGGCGGUGGCGGCGGCGGCUGCCGCGGCCGCCGCGGGGACUCCGGGGCCGCUAUCGGCAUCUUCGUCAAUGGCGGCGCUUCUGGCACCUCAGCCGUCAACAAUUUCCACCAGCGGCAGCGUCACACGCCUCGUGGACGGCCCCGCCAAGCCAGCGCCGACUUCCGUAGUCCUAGUGCACUUCCCCCGACGGAAGUCCGCUGACGGCGGCUGCUGCGGCGGCGGCGGCGCCGCCGCCGCCAGCGCACCGCCGCCGUCCUCGACGCUACUACCUCCCCGUGCGCCGUUACGGCGCGCCUCCUCUUCCCAGACGCCAGCCACUUCGGAAGUCAAGUCCUCAGUUUCGCUUUCAAUCCCGACGGCUUGCAGGUGCCCAGGCCUCGGCGCUGAGGGCAGCGCCGCCGCCGCCGCCGUCGCCGCGGGCUUUAUCCCUUCCCUGGAGCGUUACCAUACGACUUAUACGCUGCCGAGCCGUGCGCUGACCACUGGUGCCGAUAAGCUAUCACCACGCACCUUGGUAAGUUCAACACGGCUAGUGGAGGUGGUGGAGGUGGUGCAGGGUCCUCGGAUGAGGUCGCAGCAACGAUUAAGUGACAGCAGCGGCGACGUCAACGGCGGCGGCAGCGGCAGCUGGGCGACGGCGACGACACCGCAGCUGCAGCGCCGACGUCACUCGGUUGCCGACCCGUCGAGCUGGGCUGCUAGGACGGGAGCCAACGCCGGCAGCGGCGGCGGCGGCAGCGGUAGUGGUGACAGCGUACGGCUGGCGGCCGAGAUGUCAACGUUGAGUUCUAAAAUGAUUGCGCUGGGACCGGCGUUUCCGGUAGCUGCCUGGGCCAGCUACACGGACGCCGACGCCGACGUGCACGCUGAAAACGCUGACGUGGAUGCAGAGACAGACGCCGGCGCCAGCCAGGCGUCUUCGCCGCGGCUGGGCACGCUGGCGACGGCUGAGCGCGCUGUGCGCCGAGCCCAGCAUUGGAAGCGCCUGGCUGCUAGCCCCGCGGCUGGGACACAGAUUGGACCAGGCGCCUUCUCCCACGUUGCGGCUGUGACGGAAGAGGCGGCGCCUGCAAGAACGCUAGGGCUAGUGCCGGCCCUGGCGACGUCGGCGUCACAAAUUGUGGUGGUUGCAUCGACGCCGGCGGCGUCGCCGCCGCGGGCGCCGCCGCCGCCGCCGCCUGGGCCUCUGCAAACCGAGCGGAUGAAGUCCCGGACGGUAGCACAGCUGGAGAAGUGCUGGUCUUUGAACGGCCGAGCUGCCGCCGCCGCCGCCGCCGCCGCCACGACGGCGGCGGCGGCGACGUCAACGGCGGGAUCGACGUUGUCGAGCUCCCUCCGGCUGCCGCUGCUGGGCUCUUCCUCCUCCGCCUGCUCCUGCCCUAGCGCCGUGUCCACGAUAACGACAUGGAGCGGUGCCUCCUUGACCAACGUGUCGGCGUCGUCGUCCCGCGACGUGCGGGACGCCGCGGCGGGUCAUAAUCAGCCGUACGGUGGCGGCGGCUCUGCCGCUGGCGCCAGCACCAGCACCAGCGGCGGCGCCAUGGACGUCAUACCGGAGAGUCCUAGGGAAGGCGAGGAGGACGAAUCCACAUCCUCCUUGGGUGCCAACUGCGCACAUCCCCAUGUACGCGACUCUCAACCCUACCAGCUCCACCACCAACACCAACAAGAACAACAACGGCGGUUGCACCACCACCACCAGCACGUAGUGUCGGACCCCGGUAUGGACACAACGCCGCCGCCACCGCCGCCGCAGCAGCAGCAGCAGCAACAGCGGCCGGAAAUCCUUCCCGUCUUGCCGCCGCGGCCGCCACCACCCGGGGCGCUGCGCAGCCGCAGCCUGAACACCCUCUCCGUACUCACGCAGUCAGGUGCGGGCCCCGCGGAGGAAUUCCUCGACAAGGACUGUGGCGGCGGCGGCGGCGGCAGCUGCCGUACUCGGAUGCGUACGGGGCCUCUAAGCAACGUCAGGCUCGGGCUGGCAGCCCGGCGGAUGCGCACGCAAGAUCUUCCACCGGCGGCGGCGGGGGCCGCGGCGGCGGCGGCGGUGGUUGCCUCUCCAGAGAGUUCCUCCGCCUCCUUUGCCGCUGGCGCCGGCACCGCCGGUUCUGGUGCCGUACACACCAGAGGCCGACUGUGUCGUGGUUCCCUGCGGCGUCUUCUGAACGACCAGGUGCGUGUGGCUAACAUGGUGUACGGCAGCCCGUACGACGAGUUGGAUGGAGAGCUGGACGAGACAGAUGGCCAUAAUUACGUUGAGCUGCAAGAUGAGCUGCCGCAACAGCAGCGGCAGGGAGGCGAGCGAGGGGAGGUGCUACAGCCUCAGCCGCCUUCACAGCCCCGGGCCGUACCGCACGUGCCGGCGACUCUGGAGCGACAGCAGCAGCAGCAGCUGCUGCCGUACCAGCAUGGCGACGCUCAGGGACACGGCGACGGGCUCCGCUGCAGCCACAGCACAGUGAGCUCCGUUGCAGCCGCCGGCGACGCCGCCAGCGCUCGUACGAGCGCCACGGACCACUGUGCCGACGUGUUAUCGCUCGGCGGCGAGCCGCGCGCGCUGUCGUCAAGCUUCCUUACCGCCACAACGGCGACCAGCAGCACAGGGAGCUCCAGCAUAGCUCCGAGUGAGGAUGACGGGGGAAGUCCAGCACCCAGCGCUGAGCCGAGUGGCUGGGCUCUGGCAGCGGUUCCACCGGCUCCGCCGCUUGCCGUACGCAUCAGUACCGCCAGUAUCGCCGCCAGCAGCAACGGCGAUGGCGUCGUCAUGUCCGCCACGCUGGAAGCGACCGGCCUGGCGGCGCUGACGUCAGCAGACGCAGCGGCGGUGGCGGCGGCGGAGGACGACGAACAGCAACGGAACGUCGAGGCGGCUUUGUUGCGUCAGCAGACGGAUGCGGCGGCGGCGCCGCCGCCGCUGCCGCCGCCGCCGUCACCACUACCGCCGCCGGCCGUGCAGAAUCGUGUUGUCAAGCUGAAAAAGCAUGUUGCUGUCGCCGCCGUCGGCUCCCCUCGCAACAUCGGCCGCCAUCAUCCCGCCGCCGCCUCCCCCCGUGCUCGUUUCCGGGAAUACUCCCUGCCGAAGCGCAGCGGCGGCGGCUUCCUUAUUGUCACGAGCAGCGCGACGGCACGGCCAGCUGCCGGCAAAGCGACCGCCGCCACCGCCGCAUCUGGCAGCGGCGGCGCCGGCGGCACGGCAGUCUCGGCAAGCGCGCACGUCGAGGUUGACGUGGGUUCAUUGGAAACCCAUAAGGGGUCAUGGGUUUAUGAGGCUGCCGCGGGGGGCCCGGGGGCAAAUGUGGUGCCGGGGCGGGCUGUUGGGGCGUCUGACGACGUAACGCCUGUUGGACCGCGUGCCUCUGCUCCGGACGGUACCACUGCUCGUACUGCUGCUCUACCGGAUCAGGGAUACUGGAACCCUGGAAUGGGCUGUAAUAUUGCACGGAUAUGGUGCAGGUGGUAG